CAUCGGCCCUUUAACUUCCUCUUUAACAUCCCAAUACGAACCAUGGGAGACGACAAACCGAAGAAGGGGCACACCUCCCGUCAGAAAUGGAUGACGGGUGGCAUCCCAAGAUACAGCCGGUCCCAGAUGUACAAGCGAACAGCCAUGUACAAGAAGAAGAAGACUGUUGUGAAGAAGGAGAGGAAAAGGAAACCAGCUAUGGUUGAGAAGCAGAUCGGUGGUGAGAAGAAUGGAGGUAAACGUCUUGUCCGUGUCAACAGACUGCCUCGUUACUAUCCAACUGAGGAUCUGCCCCGUAGGUUAAACAACCGCAAGACGCCCUUUAGCCAGCACAAGUCCAAGCUAAGGCCAUCCAUCACCCCGGGUACUGUCCUCAUCCUUUUGGCUGGACGCUACAAGGGAAAGAGGGUUGUUUUCCUCAAGCAACUCGCCUCCGGUCUCCUCCUUGUCACAGGUCCCUUUGACCUGAACGGUGUACCACUGCGCAGGAUCAACCAGGCUUACGUCAUCGCCACCCAGACCAAGGUGGACAUCAGCUCUGUCAAGCUUCCGGAGAGAUUAAAUGACAUCUACUUCAAGCGCAUGAAGCUCAAGAAGCCACGUGGACAAGAGGGAGAAAUGUUUGAGUCUGAGAAGAAGGAGUACACUGUUUCUGACGAGCGCAAGGAGGACCAGAAGGCAGUCGAUGGCCAGCUUCUGUCUCUCAUCAAAGGAGUUAAAUACUUGAAAGGAUACCUCCAGAUGGCUUUCUCACUCAGUAACAAGCAGUUCCCACACAAGAUGAUCUUCUAGAAACCUUGCCGCCAGUGCGGACAAUCUAGCAAGAAACUUGGAAGAAACUGUGUAAAUCACAUCCAAAACCACAUUCUUCACUCACACACAUGAACUUGUGCAGCAGUAACAAAAGGAGUCGAUUAUCUGAUUGGAUCAAGUAUCACGGAAACAACCCCAUCCCAUGGUAGACUGGAAUAAUAUCAUGUAAAACAUUAAAAACUAACAAAAAAAUUACAA